GCCUUUUAUAUCCUCUUAUACCCUAUACCCUUGGAUAAUGAAUCAACAGAAAAUAUUACCUCCAGCUAAUGGUAAGAAAUUAUGGAGAGUUAGAAGAACUCCAUCUAGCUCAAGUCAAUCAUCAGGGCAAGAAUCAAAUAGCUCAAUUGAAUGCUUACAAAAUUCAUUGAAAAUUGCUGCUGCUGGUAAAUCAUAUACUACAAGAAAACCUCCAUCAAGAAGACCAAAGACAAAACCAGGUAUGCCAACUGAUUUUGUUUUUGUUGAUUUGUCUCCAGUCAAAUCAGAAGCUUCUAUCGCUACUACCAAGUCAUUAAGUGAUUCUCCUAUUAAUAUGGAAUCUCCAAUGUUGGAUUUAUCAAGUGAUUCAAUUAGCGAUGUUUCUCAUAAUGAUUCAAUCUUCAGUAAUCCUUCCUAUUUAGGAAAUUUCUCACCAAUCGACGCACCUCAUCAAUUUACCGAUUUUGACACUAAUGCCGCUCCCGCACUGGCCAAUGUGCAGGACGAUAGCCUUUCUAAUACCCUUUUAGAAUCAAAUGUCAAUAAUGUUGGAUUAGGAAUAAAUUUUAAUGAAUCAAAUGAAAUUGAAUCUUUAUUAUUCCAAAACCAAUUCAAUUUCAAUCAAUAUUUGGAUUACCAUUGCCAAUUCCAAGAGCAACCUACACAAUCAAUUGAAAAACCAGUUGAAAAACCAGUUGAAAAACCAGUUGAAAAACCAGUUGAAAAACCAGUUGAAAAACCAGUUGAAAAAUCAACUGAAAAACCAGUUAAUAAAAGAGGAAGAAAAAAUCAAUUUCAAUUUAAAACCUAUAACGGUCCAAAUUUGAAAAAACUGAAGGUUGCUAAAUCAGCCAAGAAGAUUCCAACUUUACCUCCAAGUCCAAAUAAUAAACUGGGUGAUUUACAAGAUUUCAUGACUCUCAAUAAUCAAAUUGAACUGUUUUUAAAUACAACUAAUCAAAAUGAAGAGAUUUUGACUCCAACUUCCGAUUAUAAUUCUGAAGUUGAAGAAUUUAAUCAAUUUGAAAAUCCAGCUAUCGAACCUUCAUUUUUGAAUGGUGAAAUUGAUGGAUUUUUCAAUGAUAGACGUGAAUUUGAUUUAAAUGCUUUUAUUGCAAUUUAA